ACCACCUGUCAACGUUGACGUGCCGCCAACUUUGAAUUUUGGACUCGUGUGGAGAAGACAGCAUCGACGAUGAAGGGCACGGUCACGCAGUUUGACGAACUGACGCAUCGCCUCGACACGUUUGUUGAGGCUGAACAGCGACGAUGCCGGCAACUCAAGAAAGCGGUGAUUACAUUUGCGCCGAUGUUGGACGGGAAGGACACAAAGGCUGUCUUGGCAACAGUGGGCGGCAAGAAAGUCAAGUGGCAACCCAAACGCUGCGCAAGCCGGCUGCAUCAGCUCUCUGUCCAGAAACAGCAUCUCAAUGAGCAGGAGAAAACGCUGCAGACGCACAUUGCCAACAUGCGGGAAUAUCUGAAGGAACUUCGGGCGCGAUAUGAGGAAGAGGCAGCCAUUCGCGAGGAAGCAGAGCACCAAGCAGCAGAUAUGAUGGGCGAGAUGGAGCGAAUUCGACAGUUGCUGUAUGAGGACAGCGAUGGCAGCACCACAGACUCAAGCAGCCCGCACGAGUCGCCCGUGCCCACCACGCGCUCCAAGCUUACUCGCAACUCCGCACUGCGUCAGUCCCUGCUCAAGGUCUUUGAGAGCCCCACUGGUCGCCGUGUCAGCGGUCGCCCGCCAAAGUACUCGCCGUCCCCCGCGCAAUUGGCCGUGGAGAGGUCUCCAGCAAAAAGUAUGAAGACCCCAUCCCCAGCCAAGCGCACGAGCCCUAACCCGAGGCCAGCACACAUUUCGCCCAGCAUGGACAAGGAGAACGCACCACAGCACAUGCUGGGAGAAGCACACAGCCCCAAGCGAGCAAACACAAGCCCAAGUCCAACCAGGCCGGCACCAGCAGCAGAGCAGGUGCAGACGCAGCACUCAAAUGUGCAGCAGCUGAAGCAGCGCUUUGAACACACGCGCCACUCGCCCCAGCCGCACGGCAGCCUGGCACCACAGGCGCCAACUUCACCUCCUCGACGAUCAUAUGCACCAUCGCCACUCCGCGUCAUGCAAUCGCCAGGCAACACACCCACGACGCCAAAGCACAAGCAGCACUGGAAGCCAACGGUGUUUGCGCAGUGCACACAGACGAGCCCUGCACGUCCUUCUGCCCCACCGUCGCCGACACGAGGCAGCCCCUCCCCCAUCAAGUCGCCACCGCCCAAGAUGGCCCUCUCCCCGGGCGAGGACCGAUACAACCCCACCAACACAUCGUCGCGUGUAGCCAGCGCACCCAUGUCGCCCACAUAUCAAUCGCCCAUGCCCUCAGCCAGGCGGGCUUUGCCACACUUCUUCCACACCCACACGGCGUUUUUGCGUCAGGCGUGCCAGCAGUGCCACGGCACCAUCCUGUACCUGAACAAGUACAGAAAGUGCAGCACGUGUGGUUUCAUCUGUCACGCUGAGUGCGAGGAGUCCUGUCCACUCGACUGCGGCGUUUUGCCCACGAACCGCGCACAUCGCCAGAGCCUUGAUCUCCUGACAGCAACGGGUCCGGGCUAUGAUAUUCCGAAGCUGCUCACGUCCUGCUUCCAGUGCAUUGAGGAGCGCUGGCUGCACGCACAAGGCCUCUACCGCCAUGCAGGGUCCAGCUAUGAGCACAAGGGCGUGGAUCUCAUCCACCGCUUUCUUCGCGGCCGCUCGGAACCGAACUUGCGUUGCAUCAACGAUCCCCACGAGAUUACGACGUGCGUGAAACUCUUCCUGUCCGAUUUGGGCGAGCCCCUCCUCACUUCUCGUCGCCACGACAACUUUGUCCACGCCAUUGUUCACAACUCCGGCGACAAGAAGCUUGAUGCCAUCACGGCGGUUGUGGAGACGCUGCCGCGAGUCAACUUCUUCACCCUCAAGUGCAUCAUUGAUCAUCUCAACAAGGUGACGGCACAUGCGUCGUACAACAACGCGACACGAGACGUGCUGGUGGUGGAGAUGACACCGUGCUUGAUGCGCCUGCGCCACAACAAGGGCAACCAGGCCAUGAAACCCGAGGAGGAGGUUGUCGAUACGCUGCUUGCUCUCAAGCAGUCCCACUGGCGCCGAGCUGAAAAGACGGUGCUCGAGUGCCACGCGCGCAACCCUGGCGAGCGCGCCCCCGUGUCCUCCCACUCCUCGGUCAAGAGCUCCUCCUCAUCUGGCUCCAGCGUCCGCUCUCCCUUCCGCAGCUGGUUCAGUCGCCGCUAAACGCAAUGUGAUUUGCUCAACUGCGUGGGAGUGACUGCUUGGCUGCGUGGGAGAUUGAGUGACUGUGUGGCUGUCUGGUGGAUUGCCUUGCAUGGACGUCGCGUAUUCGCAAAGCGCCGGCCGUGGUGCUUGAUGAUGGCGGCCUGUGCAUGCGCUCUGCUGGUUUCGAUGUACACCCCUUUGUUCGCUUUUACUUCUUCUUCUUCUUCUUCCUCUUCUUCCUCUUCUUCCUCUUCACUGCGCUGCUUCGCUUGCACAGGUUGCUGCCACCAGCUUUCCCUGCCCCGUUUGUUUGGUUGAUCGUUAUGGUUUCACUUAUUCCUUGGUGACAUUGUAUGUGCGUGUGCGAGGCAUGUGCAGUCGCAAUCAGAAAGGCUUCUGGUCUCAGCAGG